UCAAUCACUCCUUUGUUUCAUUCGUCGUCCGCUUCUCUGAACUAUUCGGUCUUUAACGAAGUUUUGGAUUGCAAAGUAUUGUAUUUGGACGAUACAGGUUCUAGAGCUUUUCUUUUUACAUUUGGGUUGCAAAAAACACUGCACAAAGAUGAAGAAAAUGUUAGCUCUUGGAUUUGAGGGUUCAGCGAACAAGAUUGGAGUUGGAGUUGUGAGCCUUGAUGGGUCAAUACUAUCCAAUCCAAGGCACACUUACAUCACUCCUCCUGGUCAAGGAUUUCUCCCACGAGAAACUGCACAUCAUCACCUUGAACAUAUUCUUCCUCUUGUGAAAUCUGCUCUCGAUACUGCUCAAGUAACAAAGGAUGAUAUCGACUGUCUUUGUUAUACCAAAGGACCAGGCAUGGGUGCACCCCUCCAGGUUGCAGCUAUUGUCGUUCGUGUUCUUUCUCAACUCUGGAAGAAACCUAUUGUUGCAGUAAAUCAUUGUGUUGCACAUAUCGAAAUGGGUAGGAUUGUCACUGGGGCUAUUGACCCUGUUGUGUUGUAUGUAAGUGGAGGCAACACACAAGUGAUUGCUUAUAGUGAAGGAAGGUAUCGAAUUUUUGGUGAGACCAUUGAUAUUGCUAUUGGAAACUGCUUGGACCGGUUUGCUAGGGUUCUGACUCUGUCUAAUGAUCCUAGCCCUGGGUACAACAUUGAGCAGCUCGCUAAGAAAGGAGAGAAGUUUAUUGACAUACCGUAUGUGGUGAAAGGGAUGGAUGUUUCAUUCUCUGGAAUAUUAAGCUACAUAGAAAUGACAGCUGAAGAGAAACUCAAGAACAAUGAAUGCACUCCUGCAGAUUUGUGUUACUCCCUUCAGGAAACACUCUUUGCAAUGCUUGUGGAAAUCACAGAAAGAGCAAUGGCACAUUGUGACAAAAAAGAUAUUUUGAUUGUUGGAGGUGUUGGCUGCAAUGUUCGAUUGCAGGAGAUGAUGAAAGUCAUGUGUUCUGAGAGGGGUGGAAAUUUGUUUGCAACCGAUGACAGGUAUUGCGUUGACAAUGGGGCAAUGAUUGCAUACACCGGACUAUUAGCCUUUGCUCAUGGAACAUCAACUCCUUUCGAGGAAUCAACAUUCACUCAAAGAUUCCGAACUGAUGAAGUGUUGGCAAUCUGGAGAGACAAAAAGGAACCAUCAAUUGCGGAUGGCCUUGUAGCGAAGAAUUGAUGGAUACAUAAAUCCACACUCACAUUGAAGAAUUCAGUGGUGAAAAGGUGGAAACAAUCUCAUUUAAAGGUAUUAGUUGUACUCAAUUUUAGUCAUUUAUUAGCAAGUUGUAUUCAAUGGAAAACCAAACCUAUAACUGUUCUAUCUCCUUGUCAUGUUCCUGUGGUCUAUGCCACAAUGAUUUAACUGGUGUUGGUAUUGUGUGUUUCAUUACUUAAGGUCAGUCAAUAUGAUAGAUUCAGUUAGCUGGUUGAUUAUUUAAUGUUUUCAAUGAAAUGAAUCUGUGUAAACCUAACAUGGACACCAUACCAUGACUUGGGUUAGUGUCCAUAUCCAUAGCCUGCAGCCAUAAAUAACAUAAUUGAUGUGAUAUCAAUUUUCUGAUCAUAUGAUUUAAGUGAAGAC